AUGGAGACUCCACAGUCUAGAGCAACCCCAAGGCCAGCUUGCGACUUGUGCUACGCUAGAAAGGUCAAAUGCGAUCGAGAGGAAAUAUGUGGCAAUUGCAAGAAGGCACAGGCUCAAUGCCUGCGGACCCGAUCGAAGGGUGAUUCUGUUCCACGGUUACCACAAAUCACUGCCCUGACUGAGCGGUUGGAAAGGCUUGAGAAUUCCACUCAGUCCCCGGAUAGAGUACCCAUUAGUCCGUCAACGACACCAGGCGAGAGCUGGGCAAUCUGGCAGCGUAAACGUCUUGCCAAUCUUCCUACAGACAGAGCCCGUGUGCUGAGCGAGGUGGACCGUUUUGUGAAAAGAAUGUCGGAAUCCUCCUCAUCGGCAUUGCAGUGGACUCUGGAUGAGCGGACUCGCGACUUUGUCGAAUUAGAGCCUUCCAUGGAGCUCUUGUACAUGAUGCUCCCAGGCGUAUCUGAGGAUGACAAGCACUGGGACUAUCUUUUCUGGCCUGACCACAUCUCAGGGAUUCGCUUGGAAGAGAUGUUCCUUGCGUUAAUGGACAAGAAAGAAAGCGCCGAUGUUCUCCUGCACUACCGGGUGUGUGUGUACACCAAGGCCUUUUUCUACACCCUCAAGCGGUCUCGCUCGAACCACAGUCGCCAUGUGUCUGACAGAAUGGACAACUCCAAGAACCAAUACCAGGAAGCGGCCCUGGAUGCUCUGCGUCGCAUACCUUUUCUCUCUCCGCCCCGUCUUUCCCUCGUGCAAGCUUUGUUGUCUGGAGCAAUACUAGCACAACACAUGGGCAACCAAUCAAGGUGUUGGUCGCUGACAGCAUUCGCAGCCCGUAUGCUCAUGUCUCUUAACCAUCACACCAUCCAGAGUGUCGAACCGGAUGAUUAUGAAAAAGAACAGAUUCAAUCCUGUCUCUAUGUCUGCUACUGUCUUGACAGGGUUCUCAGUGCAUUAUUCGGACACACACCAUCUCUUCCCGAGUUAAAGAUCGAUCCAGUCGAAUUGGUUCUGUGGGGUGAAUUUCGCCCUAGCAGUCCACUGGAAUCACCAGCGAGGAUGAUCAUUCAACUUGCCCACGUUCAGGAUCUUGCUUGGGGGUUGUGGCUUGAUUUCGACAAAAACAAUGGAGAAUCACGUCACGAUCUAGAAAGAAAUGACAAUGAGAUACAGGAUCGACUGGACGAUCUUUUGGAACAAAUGGAGGAACUGCACGGGGACAUCCAAUGUUUCCAGCACAUCCUGUCUGCAAACCUGGAAAGGGAGUUUGCAGCCGCGGAGUUUGCCUACUGGGCCAUAAUGAGCAGUAUCAAGCAAUUCGAGUUCAGUAAAUUCAAGCACUCUGGGGACCACGCAGAGUGCAUUGACAGUGCGCGAAAGGCGCUUAGAAUUCUGCUGGACAUAAAGCGCAGUGUUCGAGAACAUUUGAACGACGAUGACCCGGAUCCGUCAUUCUUGAUGCAGACAAUCCAAUUAUACCCCCUGACUCCUUUUUGGGUGCUCUUCCUAAACGUCGUUGUCACUCAGGACAAGGACGAUCUGGACUUGCUAGAUAAUAUCACAGAUCUCUAUGCAUUUAUAUUCCAUUGUCCCUGGGUUUCGAAAAUGCACAGUCUACUCUGCAAGAUCUUGGAAGUCGGUGGUGCAUUUACAUCCAGGUCGGAGUAUACACCUUCUGUCCAAGGAACAGAUUGGAACUUUUCGCCAGCCAUUGAUCACUCUGAUAAAAGUGGCUAUAAAGAGGACGAAGCACUGUACCUCUUCACACGUCAGCCCUCGUUGAAUUGGGUUGACAUAAACCAUGAUGAAAUCGAUCGCGCAGCCAGAGAAGUCACGUUUGGAGAGCAGGUACUAUGA